AUGGUGAAACAAUCAUUAGCUCGCACAACCGUUGGAAUCAUAGGCAAUGUCAUAUCUUUCGGCUUGUUUCUCUCACCAGCUCCAACCUUCUAUGGAAUUAUAAAGAAGAAGGCUGUGGAAGAGUUCAAGCCAGAUCCAUACUUAGCAACAUUGUUGAAUUGUGCAUUUUGGGUGUUUUAUGGAAUGCCUUUUGUGCAUCCAAAUAGCACUUUAGUCUAUACCAUCAAUGGUAUUGGAAUUGUAUUUGAGGUUGUUUAUCUUACAAUAUUUUACAUCUAUUCUGCUAACAAAGGAAGAAAAAAACUAGUGCUUUAUCUUUUCAUUGAGGCAAUUUUCUUUGCUGCCAUUGUUCUUAUAACAAUGUUGGCACUUCAUGGCACUGUAAAAAGAUCCUUAAUUGUUGGUGUUAUUUGUGAUAUCUUCAACAUAAUGAUGUAUGUCUCUCCUCUUACAAUCAUGGCAAAAGUUAUAAAAACUAAGAGUGUGAAAUAUAUGCCAUUUUGGCUUUCUGUAGCUAACUUUCUCAAUGGUUUGUGUUGGACAACAUAUGCUCUUCUUCACCCCUUUGAUAUAUAUGUCUUGAUAAGCAAUAGUAUUGGAGCAGUUUCUGGACUUGUUCAGCUCAUUCUAUAUGCUUGUUAUUGUUCUUGCAAUGGUGAAAACAAUGAAGAAGAUGAUCGUGAGAUGAAACCAACUAGCAUUCAUGAAAUCUCCAUUGGUGAAAGAGUUAGAGCAUGA